CGAAAAUUGUUUAUCUUCCUUCACUUCCUUGUUCUGUGUUUGAUAAUCAUCAUGGCGCAGAUAUAUCAAGGAACUCAUUUUGAUACCUAUAUUAGCGAACUUCCUUACAGUGUGACGAGGUCGAUAAUAGUGUCAUUGGAUUCCGAUAAAGCAUGGGAAUGUCUAGCUUCUGAGGCAGGGUAUUCAUUUGAUAAGAUAAAAUUAUUUGAAUUAGAAUAUCAGAGACAUCAUGGAAGUCCAGCAAAAGCCUUAUUAUGGGAUUGGGGAAGUCGAAAUACAACUGUGAAAGAAUUAUAUUACAAACUGAAGAAAAUUAACAGGAUACGAGAAUUACAGAUUUUAGAAAAUCACCUUGUUAGUGUUGGUGCUAUAGAAGAACAAGAAAAUAGUCACAAUAGUUAUAAUAACAGUAUUGAUAUCAUGCCUAGUCUUAAAACAUCAGAUCUCCCAUCACCCUCUCAAAAGCAGAAGAUCAAAUCGGAUAAAGUAGCUUUGUUAGAGAAUGAAGUUAAUUUCAACCAGCCAAAUUCACAAAAUUUUGGCAGAAAGAAAAAUCCAACAAGUUUAUGCAGUAUUGAUAAAGAUAAGCAAUAUGAUGAUAAAGUUAUUCCUGGACAGGAGCAGACGGCACAUCAUAAACCACAGGAAUCGGAAGAAAGUUUUGAGUCCACUACUAGUUCAAGUUUUAGUGCAGAUUUAUCCAGCAGUAAAUCUUCUUCAUUAACUAACAACUCUUCCUCCCAAUCUGAAGAUCUUCAGUCUUUGCUGACUAAUAGUAAUAUGAGUGUAGCUGUUGCCUUAAUGGGAUCUCCUGUCUUUAAAUUCGAAGAGUUAAAAAAGUCAACUGAUAAUUUUAAUGAGCAAAAUUUACUCGGUGAAGGAGCUUUUGGCAAAGUAUAUUUCAGCUGUCUGAGAGAAUGCAAAUGUGCUAUCAAAAAGUUAGAUGCUGCUACCAGUGAUAUUUUAUCCAAUAAUGAAGAAAAAAGAAGAAAAUUAUGUAGUGAAUUAUCUUUAUUAUUGAAAUAUCGGCAUGAAAAUAUAGUAACAUUAUAUGGAUACGCUGUAGAUGGUCCAUCAUUAUGUUUAGUUUAUCAACACAUGGUUAAUGGUUCAUUAGAAGAUUGUAUACAAAUGAAGAAUGGUCGUUUAGCAUUAAAUUGGGAACAAAGAUUACGUAUAUUAUGUGGUGCUGUUUGUGGUUUAAGGUAUUUACAUUAUAUGGGAAAUGUACCACUGAUACAUGGUGAUAUUAAGAGUGCCAAUAUUCUGCUAGACAAAUACCAUGAAGCUAAAAUAGGAGACUUAGGGCAGGCACAGCAUGUUAACAGUGGAGCUAUUACUGGUAAACUAACUCAUAUCACCAAAAAAGAUGCUAAAUCCAAAUUAUAUGGUACCAAAGCUUAUCUCUCACCAGAAUUACUCAGAGGAAAUGAAAAUAUGUCCAUAAAAACAGAUAUUUAUGCUUUUGGGGUGGUUAUAUUAGAGACCUUAUCUGGACAGCCGGCUUGUGAUGAAAAUAGAACCUCCAGUAAAUUUCUAGCUGAUUAUUUUUUUGAUGUUAUAGAACCAUUAGGACAAGAUGAGUGGGUAGAUAAAUUCCAUGAUCAUAAAGCAGGUCCACCACCAACAGACUUAAUAUUUGAUAUUUUAAAAUUGGCAGUCAGUUGUAUAUCACAAAUCAAGAAAAAACGUCCAGACACUGAUAAGGUGGCAGAAAACUUGGAAAAAAAUCAGAAGAAAUUUAUGGAUGUUUACUCUUCAACAACUAGUUCUCUAGGUUAUGACCACCUCUCUCAUACUUCAGUUGUUAGUGGACAUGAUGGCAACAUGGCAGGCAACAUGGCCUCUGUUUCCAAAGAUAGUGUAUUAAAAGAAAACGCCUCUCCUGGAACCCCGCCUCUCGAAUCUAUACCUUACAGAUUACAGAUGAUGUAUGAUCAGCAACAGUCUGGUGACGGCCCUCACACAAGCAUAGAAGAUCUUAAAAAACAGAUUCAAACUGAGUCCAAAACAGAAGAACCCUUUAAAGAAUAUGUGUCUGAUCCAGCUAAGAUGGCUGCUAUUGAAAAUUAUGAUAAAGAAUUGAAACUUGCUCAACAAGAACAACCAAAGGAAUUUGAAAAAGAGUCUGAACCUGCUAGUGAUCCCAAUAAACUCGCCCUUUUGAACUUAUUUGAUAGAAAAUGUACGAUAUCUGAAUCUGAAAAUUCAAAUGUUGGUUCAGAUGAGCACAAAUUAAAAGCCAUAUUGGAAUUUGAUGCUCAAAAUGUAGGUGAAUCACAGAGUUUACAAAAUAAAAUGGUCAAUAUGUUUAAGAUGUAUAAUGCUUGCAUUGAUGUAGAAGAAGAUGAUGAUGAUGAUGAUGCCUCCACAUUGGUAGGAGAUCAAGAUGAGAAUAAUGAUGAUGAAACAUGUGAUCAGUGA